GCAGUGGAGUGCGAACGCAUCUUCUCAUCCAGCAAAGAGACCAUCACACCUCGUCGAAAUCAUCUGACAGCAGACGUAGUGGAGGCUCUGCAGGUGCUGAAGUAUGGGUUCAACCAUUCAGUUCUUGUUUCCUAUGCCAUAUCAUCGGAGGACGAGGAGACAAGGUUGAUGAAGGAAGAUGCAGAGGUUUGUGACAUAGAGCAUGCAUAG